AUGAGAAAGAUCAUCCUAUUCUACAUCAUCUUCUACGCAGCCCUUAUAGGGUUCUUUGCUGCACUACUGGCUGUAUUUUAUCAGACUUUAGAUAUGAAAAAGCCUAAAUGGCAGUUGGAUAAAUCAGUUAUAGGAACAAAUCCAGGGCUGGGAUUCAGACCAAUGCCACCCUUAAUCGACGUUGAAAGUACUUUAAUCCGAUACAAAUACGAUAACAGGGGCAACAUUCAAUAUUGGAAAGAACAACUCGACGACUUCUUAUCAAUUUACAAGGCGAAGAAGGACGGCAACAGAACCAACGUUGAGAGUUGCAUCCAAGGAGUUUCUCCGGCUAAAGAUAAGGUUUGCGAACUUAUCAUUGAUGCCUCGUGGAAGCCAUGUUUACCGGAAUAUUUCUACAGUUUUAAUUCGUCCAAAAAAGGACCUUGCAUUUUCCUUAAACUGAAUAAGAUAUACGGAUGGAUUCCAGAAUACUAUAACUCAUCGUCGAUGCCGAAAAAUAUGCCACCAGAUCUACAGGAACACAUCAGGGAAUUGGAAAAGAAUUACAGUAUCCAUGGUUCAAGUGAAAUGCCGAACGUGCUCAAAACAGUGUGGGUUUCGUGCGAAGGCGAGAACCCCGGCGACAUGGAAAACAUCGGUCCAGUUAUCUAUUUCCCUCAGCGCGGAUUUGGAGGUCAGUAUUUUCCGUUUUUAAAUCAAGACAACUACUUGAGCCCACUGGUUGCCGUCAGUUUCGAAAGUCCUACCCGUGGCGUGACGAUCAACAUAGAAUGCAAAGCAUGGGCGAAGAAUAUCUAUCACGACAGAGUGGACCGACGAGGGUCCGUGCAUUUCGAACUAAUGGUAGAUUAUUAGAAAGCAGCCGUCGCCAACCCCGGCCUCCACCCUUAACCUGCCCUUCGUGAGGGUUCAGCGCCGGGGCCCCACAACUGCCAACUCACAAUAACACACACUUACACACAUACACACACACUGAAACGAAUACGCGUUUGUCGCGUGCUAGGUGAUUAUACUUACUGGUGGCGGUCUAGUUAGAUAAUAUAAAUAUUUAGGAUUGUUUAGUUCACAAACGUUUAGCAGUUUGAAUAAUUUCAACCCAACACGCUAGCGAUCAGUUCAGCUGAUGGUUGUUGUCGUUGUUGUUAGUCUGCUUAUGAGUUGUGGUACCCAGGUUCGGCUGCUCUAGGAAUAUCAUGGUUUGGAAAUGUCUUGACGAAGUUCUCAAAAGAGAUUUCGAUACAAGACCGGUGAAUCUCGUCUACUAAUUUUUUUGAAGAUAUGAAAAAUGCGCGUUUAACGUUUCGGACAAUCGUCGAAAUAAUAUUAGAAUGUCAGGUUCUUGUCAAAGAGGAAGAUUGAGUUAUUUUGCUCUCAAAAGUUCCUUCACAAAGUUAAAUACAGUUGAUUGGAGAAUAAAAAUACUGAAUUCAGGGGGUUCUCUCAUGAAUAAUUGGAUACAAAAAAGUCCAAAAAUUUGUAUUCGUUGAAACCCAAUUGUGGGGCUGAUGUAUAUUUAUGAAAAAAAACGCUGAUGCUCAAAUUUAUAGUGAAAAUACUUCUUACCUAUUGUAAAAAAAAUGCUGCUUCAAAUGUCUCAAAAAGUCACUUAUCGGCGAUCAUUAAUUUUUAUUCAUUACUGUCACAUUUCUCAACCUUUGUCCAUUCAUUCCAUUAUGAAAAAUGUUCUUACGUCAUCUGCACCCUUUCUAAAUCUGCUCAUUUGUUUCAUUAACGAGUAUUUCUAACACGUUUAUUUGUUUAAUUAAUUGAUACCGGCUCAAUAUUGAUGGUCCUUAAUUAAGGAUUACUUACUGUUUCUACCUUUAAUUAAAAAAUAAUCUGAAUAUUAUUUUACGAGCUCAAAAGUUUCAUACUGCCCUUUUAGCGAAUAUUAAUUUAUUGCGUGGCUCAAUAUCAAGUAUAAAUAAUUAUCUCGGAUACGCGAAUGUGUGGGGGAAUAUAUUUCGGGCUAUCUCAAGCAACCAUCAGUGAAGGGUAUUUAUUGAAAAUUAAGAAGAAUAAAAUUAAAAUCUUUUUAUUACUCAUAAAAGUAGUUCCUAAGACGCAAAUUUCAAUAGGUAAGCAAAUAUUUUGAUAAAAUGCUUCCAUACUACCAUUCGUGUUAAUUUUAUUACAAAAAAAGUGUAUAUCAAAUAUAAAAUAGAUGUCAAGAUGUAUAUAAUAAUAUUAUAAGCUUAAAUAUUGCUUGAUACAGACACUGUACUUAUUCUACUCUACUACAAAAAUUUUCAUCAUUUUAUAUAAUCAAUGUGUAAUCAACAUUGAACAUUUAUCGGAUAUUUUGAUGUUAUACAUUUCAUCUCAAAAAAUAAGGGUAAACAAUCCUUUAGAUUAUCCCUUUGCAACAUAUAAACAAACAUGUAAAUAAUAUAACUGCAUCUACACUUUCUACAUUCAAAAUUUUCACUUGAAAUGCAUACUAUACAAUCUACUGCUUUCAACAAUCUAUUUACAAAUAUUUUGUCUAAAACUUCUUCAGAAAAAACGGCGUUGUAAAUAAUACCACAAAGUACGUACUAUAUAUUAAAAAAAUGUUUCCCAAGUAUAUUGCCUGCUACUAAUGUACGCAAAAGUAAAUGUAAUGCCACAAAUAUGUUUAACAAUUCAUUCAUGACGAAAUUUGAAAAGUGCCAAAUAUAGAAUGGUUUUCACACCAAAAUUUGGCAUCACAAAAACAAUCACCACCACAAACAUAUUUAUAUAGGUAUCUAUGUAUACACUUAUAUGCAUAAAAUAACAAUGGUUAUCGUGAAAAACAAUAAAAGGUAUUUAAACGUCCAGCUCAUCAAUACCUUUGAUGUGUGAUGAUUGUAAACAUGAGUGUUAUUUCAUUUGAAUUUUAAUCAAAGAAAACAAUAGUAAAGUAUGCUCGUUUUCAUAUUUUAAUUAUUUUUUGUUCGUCGAAUCCAAUGUAUAUCUAAAAAUGGGUAACUAUGCACGUUCAUUGUAGUUAUUAGUUGUAACAUUCCUUUUAGCAAAAGCUAACAAAAAUACACAGAUUGGUUUUUUAGAAAAUAAUACAACCGAAAGAAAUUAAUGAUUUGAAAGUUGAACCGUUUGGCUAAUUGCAUCUUCAAAAAUUCAGUCAGGCGCACAAAUGCACCUACAAAUUGCAGUAGGUACCAUUCUCUAUAUUUUCAUUUUACUGAUUGAUCGUGAGAUAAAAACCGAAACGUACCAACACAAUUAUAAGAAUAAAUUAAUCAUUGAUGAUAUGAGAUCGCAAUUCAAUAAAAAAUCAUUUAUAACCAACUUAAAAUAAGUAAUGUCAAUCGCACAAAAACAUUCAUAAAUGGCAUAACUUACCAUUUUUUAGAUAUACACAGGAAUGGAGUACCUAUGGUGUUUUAUACCCUUUAAUACAUAUUCCUAGGUAGGAUUGUAACGGAUAUGCUUUAGCGGAUGCAGGUGAAGACAUGGAUGAAGAUACGAAUAUUUCGUUUUUCUCUAAAGAUACACUCUCAAUUAGUAGAAUUGUUAAUGUAAUUUGAUCCUUUCAUUUUCGUACACUUUGAGAACUUAGUCUAUUUUCAAAUAUCUCAAACAUUUUAAAAUUGAUUACUUUUGCUAUCGGUAAAUAGGCGGCAGAAAUUCGCUUUCCGUCCGGCCUAAUGUUGACUGUUUAUCAACAUAUCGUGUUUCCUCUUAUAGCAUUGUAACACAACAAAUAUCAGUUAAAUGUCCUUCUCAAAAUGAGGAUGCGGAUUUUAAACAAUUCAACUUUGCGGAUCGGAUAUUAAAAUUCCUGCAGAUCAUCCGCAGUUGCAGAUGUCGAUGCGGAUAUUCGUUACAACCCUGUUUAUAAGUUUUUUAUUACAAUAAGUAUAUUACGCACCAAGGGAAGGAAGUACGGUGGCAAAACCCCGGAAGAGGGUGCUGUUUUUCUCCCAGAUGCCCGUAUACGAUUUUUUACCAUACCCCUGCCCUGAAAGUUCGAUUUUCCCUUAUUUUAGCGACGAAAGCGCAACAAAUAAGAAAUCGUAUUUACUGUUUAUUAUAGAAUUUUUUUUAACAUCUGCCGCAUGAAAAUUGCAAAGGAUCUUAAAAUCAUUUCUUAGUGAGUAAAUUCGAUCUAUUACCUGGAAAGGAAAGUUGCGCUUUUGUCCUUCAAAUCAGGGAAAAUUAUGCUACUUUUAGUAAGAGUGUGGUAACAGAGAUUUUUUACAUUUUACUAUAUUAAUAACUCCACUGUUCUUUUUAAUUGAAACCACUUUUAUACCUAAGCUCUAACACACGAAAUCGUCCACUAAAUAUUGAGAUUUUACUUUUUAUGAAAAAUCAGAUGAGUCGGUCCUUCUAAAAAUAACAAAAUAGACCGAGAAAUGAUUUAAUAUAUCUGUAUAUCUAAACACUGCUUGAUUAAACCGAUAAAGAAAAUAAAUACAGAAGCCGAACGUUGGUACCAAAUAUAUCGUUAGUCUGUUUGUGAAAUACCCCGCUGCGUAUGCAUUUUAAAACAAUAAGAACAAUACUAUACUUGUUAUAUGUGAGAGAAAAUGGCGUGUAUGUCCUGUUACAUACCGUGUUAAUGAGUUUAAUGAUUGGUACGAGUGCAAGGUACUUAUAUAUUAUUAAAUUAAAUUAUUUAUUUGCCUGUUAUGUAAAUAGAAGUCAUUACUCAGUAAUAACUGUUCUUAUUACAGUUAAUUAGUUACGUGAAUCAUAUAAUUAAUAGUUUAGCUUCACUAUUUAUUAUUUAAGUUAACUAUUCGAUAAGCAGUCCCCCCUUUAUCCUGUUUCUUGCAUUUAGUGAUUCUAGUAUACUUAAGCACUGUUAAACGCUAGUGUUAACGAAAAAAUUAAAGAGAACUAAAAUAAAAUUGUUACAAAUAGUAAUUAUUAUACUUAAGUGUUGCCUGUACGUCAUAUAGUUUAGUGGUUUAUAGGUCGUAAUGAUGUAAUUAAUUGUCAUGCAGUUUUUAAGUAUGUUAUUAAACGUGUUUGUGGCCAGGGUACGGAUAAAAAUAUAUAUGUAGGUAACUGAUACGAAAUGCGAAUUCGGGUGAGUUCCAGAAAUAACGACUGAACGUUCAAAUUUUCUUGUACAAUAACUUAAAUUUGGUUUAAUGGUCUAAUAUCUUAGCACAGCCUCUUAAAUUCAUGUUUAAAAUGCUCUGUGCAAUAGUUAUGCACACUUAAAAUAAUUCAUUAUGUGCUUUGAUGUAAGCGUUUUUUAACAAAUAAAUUAUAAAUAGAUACCA